AUCGUCACCUUUUAUACUUAUAUGUAACAUAGUGUAUAAGUGUAUAAUACUCAUUCGCGCGUGCCGCUAGUAGUUUACAUUGGUUUACAUUUUAACAAUCAUUUUCACAUGUCGUAAUAUCAUAUUCUUUUUGUAUAAAUUCAGUUUUAACUAAAUUUAUAGUUAAAUUCAUAGUUAAGUUAACUGGAAUGCAACUUUAUCGAACAUUCCAUGUUAACCUGAACGUGGUGUGAUAAACAUAAAUAAAACUGUGAUUUAAAAUAUUGUUUCUUACAAAAAUAGACAUUAUUAUAGUUUUUAUAUGAUUAGGUAGCUCUGUAAAAAUCAUAUACAUAGAUUUUCGUUAAAUCAAUUUUCUCUGUGAAACAUGGCUCUCGAAAAUACAGAUAUGCGUCCAUUCACCAGUUUUGAUAACUGGAUAGAUGAAGAUACUUUUGAUUAUUACCAAGAAAUUGCAAGAUCAGCAUUUGCCGAUAUGCUACACGAUCAUGAAAGAAAUCAGAAGUAUUAUGUCGCUCUUAAAAUUGCAAUUGAAAAAAAACAUGAAAUGGGAGAAGAGGCCAAUGUUCUUGAUAUAGGAACUGGUACUGGUUUGUUUUCGAUGAUGUCUGCCGCAUGCGGUGCUGAUACUGUAACAGCAUGCGAGGUUUUUUCACCAAUGGCUGAGUGUGCUAUGAAAAUAAUUGAAAAAAAUGGUUUCAAAGACAAGAUCAGAUUGAUACCGAAACGAUCUACAAAAAUAACAGUGGGACGGGAUGGCGAUAUGCCCAAGAAAGCAAAUAUUUUAAUUGCAGAAGUUUUUGAUACAGAACUUAUUGGGGAAGGAGCUCUUUCUACAUUUAAACACGCUUAUGAAAACCUCCUCGAAGAAAAAAGUAUAGUUGUGCCACAUAGUGCCACAAUUUGGGUACAAGUUGUUGAAAGUUCUGCUGUACAUGCAUGGAACAAAGUACAACCAAUAAAAUACAAAAACGAAUGUUUAAUUGACACUCCACAUUCCGCAAAGUCUUGUUUUGGACUUGAAUAUGUGCACGAUUUACAGUUAACACAAUUUCCAUAUGAUGCAUUUACACCUCUGAUGCCACCCCAGCCUGUAUUUAGGUUUGAUUUUACUGGCAAAACUCCUUUGUCGUAUGUUGAAACAGUAAAUUUACGCGUGAAGCCGACAUUGACUGGUACAGCUCAUGCUGUUUUCAUGUGGUGGGACUUGAACAUGGAUAUAGACAAUCAGGUUUCGCUAAGUUGCGCACCUGUUUGGGAGCAUCCAGAUGCUAAGAAAAUGUUACGCGAAGGUUUAAGCCUUUCAGAAAUAGCCGAUAUAAUACCAUGGAGGGACCAUUGGGUGCAAGCUAUUUAUCAUUUACCCGUAGAAACCUCGAUUGUUGCGGGUCGUGAAAUCAGUCUGAUCGGAUGUCACGACGAGUAUUCUUUAUGGUUUGAUUUAAUCUACGAAACAAUUACUAGAAUGCCUGUGUGCAGUUGCGGUAUUCACAUCGCUUAUUCCAGAACCCGCAUGGGACAACUAAACGAUCAGAGACGAAACGAAAAAUAUAUUAGAGCACUGGAAAAGAGAAUUACUCCAAAAACCGUUUGUUUGUGCUUGUCGGAUGGUUGUUUGUUAGGCCUCGCUGCUAUUAAAUUAGGAGCAAAGAAAGUAUUUAUUUUAGAAACAAAAGUCCAUUCCAGACAAUGCAUGGAGAAAUUUAUCACAUUCAACAACUUGUCGGAAAAAGUACAAAUUAUAGAAUCGGCGGAUGAUCUGCCUUCAGAAAAAGAAAUUAAUUUAAUCUUCGGUGAACCGUACUUUAUCACUUCCAUGCUACCAUGGGAUAAUCUUAGCUACUGGUAUCUCACUUCAAAGUAUUCACCUCGCGUACGAAGAAUACCGAUUGCAGCGACGAUACUAGCUGUUGCCGUAGAAUUCAAAGAUCUCCAUAAAAUACGAACUCCACUUGGAGUUUGCGAAGGUUACGACUUAUCGAUUUUUGAUGCACUUCUCCAAGAAUCGAGCGAGAAAACCGACAAUCCAGUAGAACCCCAACCAUUGUGGGAGUAUCCUGCCAAAGCAUUAAGUUUACCUUUUGUUAUUCAUAAGUUCGAUUUAAGACAAUAUGAUGAUGGAUUAAGGAAUAUACAUAUCUCCGACUCAAUUCCUAUUCUAGAGAGUGGAUCGUGUAACGGCGUAGCUUUGUGGGUGGAUUGGCAUCUAAACGCUCAGAUUACGGUAUCGUCAGGACCAACGAGGGCAAUACAACCUGGCGCACGAAUAUCGUGGGAUCCAUUCACAAGACAAGGUGUACAUAUAUUUAGGGACGUAACAAACGUUACACAACAAAGUUCUCUUGAUUGGUCGUUCGACUAUGCGCCAGAACUUUUCAGGACUAUGAAAUUUGAUUUUCAUGUAUUGUCAGAACCACUAAAAUAAUCUGACGCAUCAUUUAUAAAAAUAUACAUUUUUAAAUUGAAA